UCCGCACUAAUAGUUCCGCCUCCGGCUUGUGUUGAAACAGGAGUUGGCGGCUCGCGGGUCACAUGUUGCAGCGUCAUCGUGUAGUAAAGUUGCUCGACUUCCACACGGGCUCCUUCAUUCCGAGCUCCACAGCCUCUCUUGACGUUGUCUUGCCGGGACUCCUCCUCUUCUUCUUCUUCUUCUUCUUUUACUUCUUCUUCUUCUUUUUCUUCCUCCUCCUCCGUUUUCUCCUCCGCCUCCUCCUCCACCUCCUCCUCCCGCUGCUGCUGCUGCUGCAGCGGCAUGCACGCAGGCGACAAGCCGGCUUUCCACACAACAUCUCCACCGGAGCCGUCCAGCCAUGGGAGUGCAUGACCUCAUCCAUGCAAUUUCCACCAUCAAUAAUUUAAUCUAUUUGCUCCAAACCUGAAGAGAUCGCCCCCCCCCCCUGGACGCUUUGUCAAAGGGAGAAGAGAAGAAGUAUCGCUUUAAAAAAAAACUAAAAAAAAACAAGAAAAAGUCCAAAUAAAUUACUCAGGGAGUUUGUUCAGGACAUCCCAGAUGACUUUGUCCUGUUGAAUGGUCUGUUUUUACGACUGGGCAUCAUAAGUUCCACCAGGUUAGAAGAGUGAUGACCAUCCUGUUCCUUACUAUGGUUAUUUCAUACUUCAGUUGCAUGAGAGCCGCGCCCCUGAGAGACGCCCCAGGCAUGCAGGGCCAUCGGACGGAAGGCUACCUGGGCGCCGUCGCCGCCGUAAGAGGCCACGGGACUCCGCAGAGCGGCGUUGAGCUUCCCUCGCUCACAGACACGUUUGAGCAAGUAAUAGAGGAGCUGCUGGAAGUGGAGGGAGAAGCGGAGGCGGCACAACUGGGACCGGGCGGGGGUCAAUCGGCGAUGGCGGCGGCGGCGUCCGAGAGCAAAGACGUCGACAUAUACGACGACGCGAGAGUGGUGAUCAGCAACCAAGUGCCUUUGGAGCCGCCGUUGCUCUUUCUCCUGGAGGAAUACAAAAACUAUCUGGACGCCGCCAACAUGUCGAUGAGGGUGCGGCGACACUCGGAUCCGUCGCGGCGCGGAGAGCUCAGCGUGUGCGAGAGUAUUAGCCAGUGGGUGACAGCUGUGGAUAAAAAAACGGCGAUAGACAUGUCCGGGCAGACCGUCACCGUCAUGGAAAAGGUCCCCGUCCCCAACGGCCAACUGAAGCAAUACUUUUAUGAGACCAAAUGCAACCCCAUGGGGUACACGAAGGACGGAUGCAGAGGAAUUGACAAGCGGCAUUACAAUUCCCAAUGCAGGACAACCCAGUCCUACGUUCGAGCGCUCACCAUGGAUAGCAAAAAGAAGAUUGGCUGGCGCUUUAUAAGGAUAGACACUUCCUGUGUAUGCACAUUGACCAUUAAAAGAGGGAGAUAGUGUAUAAGAUGUAUAGAUUUUAUUGAAGAGUUUAAAAAAAAAAAAAAAAAAAAAAGAGAAUACAGAGAAAAUAUCUAUUUGUAUAUAUACAUAACAGGGUAAAUUAUUCCGUCAGAUGAAAAAUUUUAUGGACUGCAUGUAAAAGAAAAAAAAAUGAAGUUUAUACAGUCAAAGUGAUAUAACAGUCUAUUUAUUGAACAUAUUCAUGACCUUGUAAACGAUUAAAAAAAAUCUGAUCAGUCAUUUUGCGCCCACUUGAAAUUGUCACAUUCCUCCAAAAAAAAUUUUUUUUUUUUUUUUGCCAAGAUUUACAAAAUGAAGGACAGGAAAAAGUCAAAAAAAAAAAAAAAAAACGUCGCAACAAUGGGGGGUAAAACAUGAGAGGACAGUUCCAUCGUCAAAAGCUUGCAUGCUGCUUCGAUUGUGAAUCCAGAAAUUAAAUCCACUUAACCAAAAAAAAACAAAAAAAAAAAACAUAGGAUGCUGACCAAAAAAAAAAAUUUCCGUUUAAGUACUCGGCGGAAAAAAAAAACUUUCCUCUCAAGUAAUUUAUCUGUUUACUGUUCUAAACUUCUCAAGGUAUAAUGUUGGGAUUACAUACUAUGUCAAGGUGCUGUUGUCAAAGCUUUGCUGUUUAUUUUUUUAUUCCCACCAG